CCCUCCUCAAGAAAGUAGAAGUAGACCCCAGACUCACCUCUGUAUUACUUCUCUCAAAUAUUCUCUUCUUUGUUACAUUUUCUUCCAUGAUGAGUUGGAUGAAGUGUUGUAUGUUCCCCCUGAUGCUGCUGUGCAUGUGGCAGCUGCAAGAAGGAGCACAGGCCUGCACAUGUAUUUAUGACCAUCCACAGACACAGUUUUGCCAAUCAGAUGUUGCCAUCAAGGCAAAGGUGGUUGCAAAGAAGGCUGUUGGUGGUAAAUUUGACAAUGAGAUCCAGUAUGACAUCAAACUGAUCAAGAUUUUGAAAGGCCCUAACAGACCCUUUGAUACCAUCUGCACUGCAUCCUCCUCUGCCGCAUGUGGUGUGAAUCUGAACAAAGGUGUAGAAUAUUUUAUCACAGGCAAACUGAAGCCAGACGGGUCUCUGUACGUGUCAUCCUGUAACUACCCUUUACCCUGGAAAAGCAGCCACAAGAUCCUGGUAGAACGUUAUAGGAUGGGCUGUGAUUGCAAGAUCAAUCGCUGCACCGCUGUCCUGUGUGACAUCACUGGUCCAACGGAGUGCUUGUGGACGAACUGGCUGACGGGGAAUUGGGUCAAUAACGAGCACGACAAACAAUGUGCUUGCGUCAAGAGAAGGGAUGGUUCUUGUUCCUGGUACCAGGAGGCCGCCUCCCCUAUAAAGGGUUAAUGAACAUUACAGACCUUCAAACCUCAUACAAAACAUGUCAAUUACAAAUAAACCUAUUUAAAGCAA